UUCCGCUCAGGUCUAACUCGUUUUGGUCUCAAAUCUCUCUCACCUUUCUUUAAUUAGGGUUGCGUUUUGGUCUUCGUCUCUCUGUGUAUUUAGGGUUUUGUUCGACUCGCAAUUGCAGGGCUUUUUCUACAAUUCUCUCUCUAUAAACAGUACACAUCGAAAUUUUUGAUCUUUUGGUUUAGAUACUAUUAGGGUUUCGAUUCUCUCUUUCCCGCGAAUCGUGAUCGUGAAGCUAGGAUUUUUUAUUCGUUCCCUGUUCAAUUCGGGAAAAAGGAGGUUGAUUUUGGGUUUUGAUUGGGGAAUUUGAGUUUUGGACAAUUUGACUGCGAAAACAAUGCCUCCGAGGAUGGUGAAGAGAGGGGCGGUAGCGGCCGGAACGAAGAGGACGACGAGAGUCACCAGGGGGACGCCCAAGCCUCAGAGCCAGGCACAGGCUGAGGCUCCCGAUGAUGUGCCGGUGGUGGAAGCUAAAGAGGAUCUUAAGGUUGAAGAGGUUAAGGAGAGGCCAAUUGUGGCGGAAAAUCCGGUUGUUGAGGAGAAACCGACUGUUAUCGAUCAGCCAGGGCUUUCAGGGAUUGAAGAUGAUGCAAAAUCAGAGCUGAAUGGAUUAAAAAAACAAGAUAAGGUUAAGGAGUCUAUGGUUGAUUAUGAAAAAGAUGAACGAUUAGAGCUGGAGGAUAACGAAGCUGAGUAUGAACCUGAAGAAGAUGGUGGGGUUGAUUAUGAUGAGAAGGAAAUGGAACAAGAGGAUGUCCAGGAGGUUGAAGAUGAAGGAGAUGAAGAACCUCUGGAGAAUUUAGGUGAAGAAGAAGGUGAUAUGGCUGAGGAGGAAUUGGAAGAUCCCAAUGAAGAACUUGAGGGUGAAGAGUAUGAGGAGCAUACUGGUGAGGAGCAUGAGCAUGAGCAUGAGCAUGAGCAUGCAGAGACGGUUGACGAAGAAGAGGAGCACCAUGAAGUUGUAAAGGAGAGACGAAAGCGUAAGGAGUUUGAAGUAUUUGUUGGUGGUCUAGACAAGGAUGCAAGUGAGACUGAUCUUAAGAAAGCUUUCACCGUAGUUGGUGAAGUUACUGAGGUCAGGCUGAUGAUGAACCCUCAGACAAAGAAGAACAAGGGAUUUGCAUUCUUACGUUUUGCAACUGUGGAACAAGCAAAACGAGCUGUUACAGAGCUUAAACAUCCAGUGAUUAAUGGAAAACAGUGUGGUGUUACUCCAAGUCAAGACAGUGAUACCCUUUUUCUGGGGAACAUAAGCAAGACAUGGACAAAGGAUGCUUUGAGAGAGAAGUUGAAGCAUUAUGGAGUAGAUAAUGUUGAGGAUCUGACAUUGGUUGAAGACACUAACAACAUGGGAAUGAAUCGAGGCUUUGCUUUUUUGGAAUUUUCAUCUCGUUCAGAUGCCAUGGAUGCUUUUAAGCGACUUCAAAAAAGAGAUAUAGUGUUUGGAGUUGAUAGGCCUGCAAAAGUUUCUUUUGCAGAUUCCUUCAUUGACCCUGGUGAUGAAAUCAUGGCACAGGUUAAAACUGUCUUUGUGGAUGGCUUACCUGCUUCAUGGGAUGAGGAUCAUGUCCAAGACCUUCUGAAGAAAUAUGGGGAGGUUGAAAAGAUUGAGCUUGCACGGAACAUGCCCUCGGCUAAGAGGAAAGAUUUUGGUUUCGUUACAUUCGACACUCAUGAUGCUGCAGUGACAUGUGCUAAAAGCAUUAACAAUGCUGAGUUAGGCGAAGGAGACAACAAGGCUAAAGUUAGGGCGAGGUUAUCAAGACCGCUUCAGAGAGGUAAAGGAAAACAUGUUGGGCGCGGAGAUUAUCGGCCUUCAAGGGCUGUUGGGCGAGUUGUUAGGGGUUCGUGGGGUCGCCCAACACCUCGUUCUCUCCCUCCCCUGCGUGGAUUAAGGGGAGUUGGAAGUCGAAUCCCACCAGCCAGUGUGAAGAGGCCUGUUGGGUUAAGAGAAAGACGCCCUGCAAUGUCACCUUAUCCAGCAAGAGGCAGGCCUCUGCCUCCUCCAGCUAGGUCCUAUGAUAGGAGGCCACCUGUCCCAGCAUACCCAAAGAGCAGCUUCAAGAGGGAAUAUGGUAGGCGCGAUGAGGUUCCUCCUCCAAGGAGCAGAGUAGCCACUGAUUAUGGCUCAAGGGCUGUUCCAGAGAGACGCCAAUCAUAUAGAGAUGACUAUACUCCACGUGGUCCUGGCUACUCUGAUCCACCAAGAAGUACCUCUCGUACAGGAGGGAGGAGAGCUUAUGUUGAUGAGGGUUAUGGACAAAGGUAUGAAAGGCAUCCUCCCCCUUCUCAUCCUCUUCCAAGUUACCGUGAAGGUCGUGCUCGUGAUUAUGAUUCUAUUUCUGGUUCAAAGCGUCCAUACUCUGCACUGGAUGACGUUCCUCCUCGUUAUGCUGAUGCGGGUAUUCGCCAAUCAAGGGCACGGUUGGACUACGAGUAUCCAAGUGGUUCUCAGUAUGGAGAUGCCUAUAGUGAUAGAAUGGGGAGAUCUAGUUUAGGAUAUGGAAGCAGCAGAACAAGUCAGGAUUCACAUGGACUUUAUAGCAGUCGUCAGGGCAUGGGCUAUGGAGGAGGUUCUUAUGGCAGUAAUGAUGUUGGUGGAAUGUACUCAUCAAGCUAUGGUGGUGAUUAUAUGUCCCGUGGCAGUGAUGUUGGAGGUAGCUCUUACUCAUCAAUGUACUCUGGCCGUGGUGUGGGUGGAAGCAGUUAUAUGGGUUCAGGCGGUUCUGGCUCGUACUACUGAGAUCUGACAUGAGCAAGAGGAUGCUGUAGGAUGUGGAGUGUGUGAAGCUUUUGCAUUAUGAUGCCUACAGUUAUGGACACAGAAUUUCCCUAAGAGCCUAUGUAUGUGUUGAGAAUCUUUCAUUGUAUACAAUAGGGUUGUUGUGGUUCAAGCCCUCUUGGGGAUAUCCACAGAUUGGAUGCUAUGUCAGGCUGUAGUUAUUUCACUGCAAGGAAACUCAAGUUGUUCAGAGAUGAAACAUACAAGUGCUUAGCUUAUGAUAUUUCGUCUAAUUUAUCUCCUCUAAGAACUUCACCUGAUGGAAAGCUUGGAGUCAUGCUGCAUCCUUUGUUCUUAUGAAUGGUAGAUUAUAACAAGAGAAUGAGGGAUUUUCUUAAUGUGACUCUUAAGGUACUUUGGAUAUUUUUUUGUGCUGAAUCCUUUGGAAAGGUUUUGGGUUUCAAUAAUAAAAGCGAAAUAUGGUCAUUUCACACCACUUAAUCAUUUCAGUUCCAUAACAAUGAAUAAAACCCUCAGUGGGUUAACUAGGAACUGAAGGCUAUAAGGAACUGUGUAGCUUGCUUGGAAUUGUACGAGAUUGGGUCCGAGAAGGUUGACCUGGAAUCUCUUGGCUGUGUGUGAGUUUUAGUAUUGGAGUGAGUUAAAUUUGCAUUUUGACAUAUUUAUUGGUUGUUAA